AAGUGGUAGAGUCCGCAGGGCGCGAUGCUCCAAACUGUUUUGGUUGUUAGGAAAAUAAGCUGAUAUCGUUCAGUUGUUUUUUGUGCCAUGAUGGAGGAGAAGAUGAGCGAGGAGAAUAGAAAAGAGGUGGAAAUGCUGGAGGCUCAGAUCCAUGGUCUCCAAGCUGAAGUUGUAGCUUUGAAGCGCCAACAGCAGGACAACCACAUGGACAUUUACUUCAAAGGACAAAUGCAGGAUGCCCUGUCGUAUAUGUGUGGACAGAAACACGUAGGAGGGAAGGAGAAGGUGAUGUCCAGGCUGAAGGAGGAGUUGGAGGAGCUGGAAGAUGAUCUGAAGCAGCAGACACAGAUGAAUGGCAUCUAUCUGAGCAGCUGCACCAGAAAGACUCUGCAAAGCAGUGACAGUAAGAUGGUCCAGCAGGUCUGUGUAUCAGGUCACUGCUCUGAACUGGUCUUCCAGGUGGAGUUCCAGCUCUCUGAGGCCAAGGAGGGUCAGAGAUCUGAGAGGACAAUCAUUGAUUUGAAUGUGGUGAUGGAUGCCACUGACCUGCAGAACUUCAGCAGCUUCCUCUCUGGGGUGGAGGAAAGCAGGGAUCUUUUGCUGUUCUUCAGGACUCUAAGGACCUACGCAGACAGAUUUGAUGACCGGUGCAGAACCUUCCAGCACUUCCAGGAGAAGUAUCCGUCCAUCGUCUCUCUUCCUGGAGGCUGCAGGUCAGAGGUCAUGACCCUGAAUCAUCCCGAGCUUCCGGGCUGCUUCCUGUUCGUUCACUGGUCAGUUGAAGUUUCCAGAGAAGGUGGAGUCGCUCCGAAAAUCAACCUGCUGACAAAGAUCCCAGAGAGAGCACUGCAGUUGUUCCCCUCUCAGGCUGUAGGUGGUGCUGCUGAGGCCUUUCACAGCCUGCUGAGGAUUCUGGGACCUGAAGCUGCCAUCGAGUCUGUGAUCAGGGCGGUCAGCCUCUCAAAGGAAGCAUAACUAACGUUUACGAGUUAUACGAAGUUAAUGGAUUAGCAGCACAUAAGGGCUUUGUUUUUGAUAUCUUCUGAAUAUUUGCAUAAUUUUUUACUUUAGACGUGCAAAUAAAGUAAACACACAGACGAGUAAACACAGAGCAAUGGUUUAGUCUCUUAGAAAUCUUUAUUCAAUAGAAAGAGCACGGCUGUGACGGCUGUUACAGCAGAGCUCAUUGGUCAAAAUCUACAAAAAUAAAUAAUUUAAAUACAAAAUGCUAGACAGCAGUGUCGCCUUUGUAUUUUCAAAUAGUUUCUUCUCUCAGCUAUUUACACACACGCAGUUAUUAGGAGUCCAUGGUAUCACAGUGCUGUGAUGUUUCUGCAGGUCAACGCUCAGGCAGCAGGCGGAGGCAAACCGGCCAAUCAGACUCCAGCUCACCUGUCGCACCUUCAUCUUUCUGUGAGGACAGAGGUCUGGACAAAGUUCUUUCUUUCCUAGAAAUUACCCAUAUCCUAGUGAAUGCAAUGUGAACCAAAAUUAGAAACUCAACUCAAGGUUCACUUACUCUGUUGUUCUGGUGCUUUACACACAAUAAUGAUACACAGUCAUAAUCAGACUUUGUUUACUCUCUUGUCAUGGAAAUCCUUGACCUAGGGAAGAAGAGCUGAUAAAAGAAUCUCAACCAAAGAUCCAGUUACAGGCUUUGCUCUCAGAAAGUGGGCGUUGAGUUGAGAUUUUGUCAAAUUCAGUUUCCAAGAUCCAGACUGAGAUAUCAAGCUAAACAAAAUUAGAAAAAAGGAUGUUUAUUUAGUCAAAAUUUAUAUUUUCAUGUUUGUCUGGAUCAUGAAACAGGUCAAAAAUCUUUUAUCCGGCUGUCGACAGAAUAUUUUUCAUCCAGAUUGUUGUUAAUACUUUCAGAACUGUUAGUGACAUGUUGCUUAACAACCUUCUGGGUUUUUCAGAUUGUCAAUGAUUCAUCUCUAAGAAAAACAGAUGCGUCAAACACGUUCAUGUCAUGUGGGAGUUACUGUAUUAAAAAAACAUCCCUCCCUAGACAGUGCUAUCUUGAAGAGCUGCAACAAUUAAUCAAUUAGUCGAUCAACAGAAAAUUAACUAUUUUGAUAAUCAAUUCAACAUUUUGCUAGCAAAAAUCCUUAAAAAGCUUCUCACACAUCUGGAUCUUUGUCGCACAUAAAGAAAACUGAUUAUCUUUUUUACAUUUUUGUUCUGUUGAUCAAAUACAACAAGCAAUCACCUACUUUUGUGAGACUAUAUAGACAAAAGGCUUAAUCAAUAAUGAAAAUAAUUGUUAGUUGCAGCCGUACUGUCUUGUGUGUCAUUUUUAUUUUGAACCACACAGACGUGAAAAUGUUUCAACCUGAGGAAAGAAAGUUUGUGGUUGAAACGUUGUCGUAUAGAAUGAAAGUGAGAUUGAUAAUGAACAUCAUUACCUAGCACCUAUUUUUGAUUGUAAAUACAGUUUACCAACCUACUAACUCUGACACGCAACAAAAUAAUACCAAAAAAAAAAUCUAACAGAGGCCAAAGUCCUGCUGUUAAAGAUAAAUAAACGCUGCUUGAAUGGUUUUAGUGUUAAAUUGUUAAUGCACAGUGAACCCUCUCAGAAAGUAAAAAAAAAAAAGAAGCAAUUUGUCCAUUUCUACCAUCUAUACAUCCCCCAUGACAUGAACGCAGCUUCAACUCUGUGAUCUGAAUGUCAUGAGAAUAUGUGAGACAACAUGCAGAUCACACUGAGAUUUAAAAAAAAAAAAAACUAAAUCAGGAUCUAAUUUUACAGCUGAGACACGUCAUGUUGACUUGUGUCCAAACCUCGGCUGUCUCACUCAGAGACAACGCUACAACUGGAGACCCUCCUCCCUCUAACUCCCAUGAGCCUCUUCUGCCUCGCCAUGCUGCCUGUCGCGUCUUCAUUUCAACAGUUAGAACGAUCAGUGGUUGGUUCAGUUCACUGCUGUUCACUCUCCAGCCUUUCACUCGCCCAUCCCCCACACAAACAGGCAGCUAGACGUCAGUUAGAAAGGGAUUGGUUAAAGGUCAAACUGUGUUUGAUGGUGUUGGUCUUCCGAUUGAUCUCUGGAUUUAAACCUUUAGUGUUUAGAUUUAACAGAACCACUGACCAUGUCACCCUGCUGAUGUCACAGUGAUGUUGACCUGCUGCAGUUGUUCAUCAUCAGCUGACAAGUUUCCAGAAAACACGCCCGACGCUGGGAGCAAAGUGGAGUGUUCAGGAUUUUCUGUCGUCUGAGGUUUUUAGUCUUGUAGUGUGAUUUGUUUUCAGACGUUUGAUUGGCUGAUGAGGUUGUGGAGGCUGGAGAGUGAACACUGUAAACAGUGGAACUGAAGUCAAGUGUUACCAGUUUAUCUGAAGCUUCAGUGACGCUGCUGGUGUAAGAGGACGAUGAGGUCACAAAGUUUGUCCUUGAUGACAAAAGACUUAAUCUGGACCUGAAAAGACUCCAGUCAUAAUUCUGCUGAUGGAGACCAACAGCUGUAGUCACCAAACUGGGGACAAGUCUGAACUCCAGCUGACGUCACGGUCCUCAGAAACCUCGCAGCGCCCCUGAGUAUGUAGAGCUUCGGUUCGGAUCAUUAGGCGUUCGAGGUACUGAGCGUUCACGGCUGCGUCCACAGCAGCUCAGAUUUUGUCUCAGAUCUCAGCUGUGAAUGCAACCUGUAACAAAGUGAGUUUUCUACACGCACACACACACACACACACACACACACACAUGCACACACACAUGCACACACACCACCCCAUCAUCCAGUCCUACCAGAACAUUUAGGCACCAAGACAAACACAACAAACACACAACAAGCCUCUUAUGGCACGAAAACCAGCGGAGCAGCAGCAAGAAGCUCAGCCUGUCUGAAGAGGACUACGCUCUGUUACCCAGAAGCCCUUGCUAUGGUGAGUCACACAGGUCUACAACAGACUGGGCAUGCUGUGUGUCCCUGUUCCGUUAGUCAUUUCUUUUGACCCCUGUUAUAAUUAACUCCUGCUUCACUUUAACAGUUACAUUAGUCCGUUCAGUCAAAUCACCCUGAAGUCAGAAAGGGGACGUACUGUCACUGUGUAGAUGAUGAUAAGAUACAGAGUAAUCAGACUCUAAAGGAAGGUGAUGUUGCACUUUGUAGUCUGGUGGUCGUUACCAUAACGACUUUUCCAUUGUGCAUCAGUGUUUCUAUUGUCUGUGAAUUCAUAGAUCGGAGGUUGAACUCUGACCCGUGAGUCCACAGCAAACUCGCACUUCAAAUUGUGGUUUUAGGCUUCAACUGAAUGGGGCAAAUAUUCUCUAGGUCCAAGCGUAAUGUAACCGUACCUUUACAAAGCUGCAAAUCACCAGGUUAGUGAAAGAGGGAAUUUUAGACAACUACUGAAAUGCGACCGUUUCAACCUCCAACAGAAAAGAUUGAAUCUAGUUCCGACAACAAAAAGAGUUAAAAUCAUUUCUUCAACACAAACGUGGGAUUUCUGUCAGAAAAAGGCAGCGGGACACAAAUUGUUUAGCUUGAGGAAAUCUACGAGAGCUGCUCAGUCAGAGGUCCCAGCUUAAAGGGUCAGUUUACUCUAGUUAAUAAAAUAUAUACAUCUAAUUAAAACUAAUGCUUUUUUUUUUUUAAAGUUCAACAGCAACUUCUCUUUUCAGAAUUUGGUUCAUGGAAACUAUUUCCUACCCAAGAGAGAUGGUUCCAAUCAACGCUGUUUCCACUGUGUUGUGGAUCAUCCAGGCUAACAGAGACACUGUCUCUGAAAAGAGAUGUUGCUGCUGAAAAUUAAAUGCUAAUAUAACAAUCUCCAUUAAAUGAAACCAAAACUAUCUGACGAGAGAUUUCACUAGGUCAAAGAGAGAAACUUGUAUUUGGUUAAACUGACCCUUUAAUGACACUAAACUUUCCUCCAUUGACCUUCAACACACAAUUUUUCUAAGCCCCCAUUGGUGUCUUCAGUUUUCUGUUAGGAACCUAAAGACAUUCAAUUAACUGCCACGUGUGACGAGGAAAAGCUGAAAAUUCUCACAUUUGAGAAGCUGAAAGCAACAAAUUCUUACUAGAAAAAUGACUGAAACAAUUAGUAGAUCAUCAUCAAAAUUGUUGCCGCUUAAUUUCCUGCCAACCAACUACUCGUUACAGCCUUAGUCUCGUUAAUUAAAUAGUUGUGAGUUGGUCAGUGUAAUGAGUCGGACUGAAAACCCCUGCUUUAAAACCUCUGGCCGCAGACAUCGAAUGAAAGCAAAGAAUUAUGGGUACAAGAACCAUCUCAACUUCUCCAUCCAGCUGCUGAGACAGUCUGGUGAUCAGAUCCACUAUGGUGGCUUGAUAACCAGUGUUUCUGUUACCAUAGUGAUGCUUCAGUGGACAACCUGGAUAGACA